CUUCGUUCUGGCAGGAAGUGCUCCUUGAUUUGCGCCUUGUGUGUACAUCCCCAUGUGACAGUCAGAGUCGUCAUGCACUUGGCCAGAUUGAGCGCCAUGCAAAUUGGGGCUGUUCAAGACUUCGUUGAGCAAGCCUCCUCCUGUGGGAAGAGGCCAUCCGUCUCGAACUUUAAGCAAGCUGCACAUGUACAGGACAAAGCUUCUCCUUUGUUCUCAGGCUUGUGUGACGAGCCGCUCAUUUGAGCUUUUGGAAGAGAAGCAGAAUUGUGCAGAGCGCUUAGGAGUGACCGACUUGUCGACGGGCGUGCGAGGGUCCUGUCAAGGGUUACCCAUUACAGACAAUACCUGACACUGCCCUUGGACGUUUUUGAAGAAAAAGAGGGACAACCUGCAGGUUCCAGUUGCUUUCAAGGUCACAGCGAUCAACAGUACAGUCAACUGAGUAUACAGAAGCGAGCUGAGAGAUACACAUAUUUGGUGAUCUGCCAGUGCAAUCAGGAAGUUGUGCGGAAGCCAACAUCCUUGUUUCUAGGUUUUAUCAAGGGCCUGCAGUUGUGUUGCCAAAAAAAUGGGGCAUCGGGUCGCCAGUGCUUGGCGGGAUAGUUUGCAGCAAGAAUGGACGAUGAAAGCUUUGCUUGUCAUUGUGUUUGCACUUCUCAUGUCAGGGGCCUCUGCCAAUGUGAACAUGACUGUGUAUCUGAACAGCGCCAAGGUGACCCCCCCACUGAGCGGCACCCCCCUUGCGCAAGGCAGCAUCCACCUCAGUUUCCCAGAGAAUGUGGACCCCCUGACCAGCACCUCCCCCCUCCCUAUCUUCUUUGACAAGCUCCAGCUCGAUGACUCCAUCACUCAGCCAAUCACGGGGAUCCGCCUAUUCGCCGGCGCAGCAAACACGGCAUCCGCAAGGGUGGUUGUAGACUUCGGCGUGUCGUCCUUGCUCCCCGUUAGCGGCUCGGUUCAGGUGGCGCCCUCAGUGUUCAGGUCGAUCCUAGCCGACCCCGCAAACUUUUACAUUACAGUGUACAAUGAAGACUAUCCGGACGCUGGCAUUCUGAGGGGCCAGCUCCCCACUCUAGUUGCCAAGGUCAUGCUGGACAGCGCAAACGAGCUUCCGGCUAUCAACACCCCCGCCAACGGUUCCGCGAUCAUAACCUUUGCUGACGACGCAGUAUGCCUCUCAGACCUGAACCUGCAAACGCCGGAUGGGUACAUUCUGUCGGGCGCGCACCUUCACUUUGGGGAGGCCACGCAAGUGGGGCCCGUGACGGUUUUCUUUCCGAUUACGAACGACCCGACGCAGCCGGCAUGCACCGCUGUAGAUUCGAAAGCGGUCCAAGGGAUUCUGGGGAACAUGAGCGAGUAUUACAUCAACAUUCACGACUUGAACAAUGUAAACUAUGGAUUGGUGCGCAAUCAGUUGAACACAGCGGUGGCGCGUGUGGGACUGCAAGGUACCGAGGAGGUGCCGACGAUUGCUGGGGAUGGCAACGGCCAGGUCAUGAUCAACGUGCUCGGCACCAAUACCGUUUGCUUCUGGAGACUUUCCACUUCUGGCCUACAGAGCCCCCCAGCAGGCCUUACCAUCAACUCCGGAAGUGCCGGCCAAAACGGGCCCACUCUAGUUACUUUUAGUUCCGGCGGCCAGCCCAAGUUCCCCACGGGGGGCUGUGUUGUCGUGCCCAAUGUAGAAGUGAUUUACCAGAUUCUUAACCCGGGUGGUAACCGCUACGUUAACCUGCUGACGAACGAUUACGCCAGCGGGGCGGCUAGGGGACAGCUAGUUGGCCAAGGCCAAGUCUCGCAGAGCCUUUUGCUGAGGCAGAACACGCCUCCUGCGCCCGUCGGGUCCCCCAGCAGCGACAGCAACAAGACCACUAUCAUCAUCAUUGUCGUCGUUCUCUGCGUCGUGGCGCUCCUCUUUGUUGCCGCGUGUGCUGCUUUUUGCCUCUGGCGACGGUCCAAGAGUGCGAAGCCAAAGGAUCACACGGCGCUUGCGAGGAAGUGGUUCGACUGGAACCCGAACCAGGAGGUUCUGCCAACGGCAGCCCCCCCCUCCAUCCACUCCUCCAAGUCCCCCCCCCAGUCGGUCGUGAUCAGCAUGCCCGAGGGCACGUCCAACGUCGGACACGUUCGCGCGUCCAAAGAGUCCGGCAUGAGCUCGCGCUCGUCCGAACGAUCCAGCGGAGAGCUGCACUACGCCGACAAGACGGCGAGUUCCGACCGCUCGACCAGCCACGACCGCGCACAGACGAGCGGGGGUCUGACCGGGACUCACGGGGGCAAGACCGUUUCUUCUACAUCGACGGUCGGUUCGGCGAUGCCGUUUGCCGGAGAGACAGUCACGAGCCGCAGCUUCACACUGCGCGAGAUCCUGGUGGCCACCGACUACUUCAACGAGAACGGCGCCCUCGGCGGCGGCGGGUUCGGCAAGGUCUACAAAGGUCUUCUCGACGACGGUUCGCUCAUCGCAGUGAAGCGCAUGAAGAAGGAGUCCAAGCAGGGCAUGCGCGAGUUCAUCAACGAGGUGCGGCUCCUGGGCCGGCUGAAGCACCCCAACCUAGUUCGCCUCAUCGGCUUCUGCGCGACGGAUGAGGAGCAGCUGCUGUGCUACGAGUACAUGCCCAACGGGAACCUCGCGCAGCACCUCCGCGGCCCCCACAAGCCCCUCUCGUGGCGGAUGCGCCUGGAGGUUGCCAUCGGUGCUGCCAAGGGCCUGGACCACCUCCACGUCAUCGCAACGCCACCUGUCAUCCACAGGGACAUCAAGAGCUCCAACAUCCUGCUCGACGAGGACUGGAACGCCAAGGUGGCCGACUUCGGGCUCUCAAAGGCCGCGCUCACUAAUGCGUCGCAGCCCGCGUCGUCAACUUUCGUGCGGGGGACGCCAGGUUACUUUGACCCCGAGUACUACGAGGGUCAGCGGUUGACUGAAAAGUCCGACGUUUACGCUUUUGGAGUGGUGUUGCUGGAGAUGCUGACCGGGAAGAAGCCCAUCGACCAGACGCUUCCUUCCGCUGACGGCAGCCUCGCCAAAUGGGCCCGGCCGCACUUGCGGGAUCCCGACCGCACCCUUGCAAUCGUGGACCCCCGCAUCCAGGGCUCCAUGACGCGCGCCUCCGUGCUCAAGAUUGCGGCGCUUGCGUACCAGUGCAUAUCGCUGCAAGGGGAGGAGCGCCCGUCCAUGAGCGCCGUCGUCCUCCGGUUGCACGACGCAAACUCGUCAUAACAAUAAAGUAUCGAGUUGGGUCCCGUCUUUUCGGGCGUUAAAACUCGUUGUAGAGUAAAGCGGCGGGUUAGGCUGUUGAUGCACGCGCGGGGAACGCCAAUUGAAAAAGUGUCUCGUGGUCAAUGAGCGGUGUGAAAAGCCGGUGUGUUGGCUGGGAGUCUGUUAGCUGGGCUCGUGCAUAUAGGUUGACGCUUUCGCGUUUGGCGGCUCGGGGCGAUCUUGUAUACGUAGCCUCCAAUAUAUGCAUUUUUUAAAGAUGGUGCGGUGAAGUAGAGUUCUUGGCCGGCCAAAAGGACAAAGCUCGUGUCUUCUGUCAUAUCAGUCAAUGGGACUAGUAUAGGUUUCCAGGUGUAGAACUUGUUUGUCGGAACAAUGAAGGCAGUCAAAGCAGACACGUAGCAAAAUCUUAUGUAUUCAUGUUAAUCUAUAAAACGCUUCUCAAUGUCGACUCUUCUUCUAUGUAUUGACCUUCUCAGUUG